AUGGCGGCCGGACUUUCAGUAGCUGGUUGUUCUUCGAGAACCAUUCUUUUCAAGCACAGCCCAUUUCUAGGCCCGAAGCCCACUAAACUCUUCUUUCCCUCCAUUCACAGUUUUGAUAAGAUUUUGAGGUGUAAAAAGAGGAAUAACUUGACUGUUUGUUUUGUGCUGGAGGAUGAGAAAUUUGAUACGAGUAGAGAAUUGGAGAGAAACCCAACUGUAGAGGAGAUUCAGAGAGAUUUAUCUGCGGCCCGGUUGGCUGAGAAAUUGGCUAAGAAGAAGUCAGAGAGAUUUACUUAUCUUGUUGCUGCAGUUAUGUCCAGUUUUGGGAUCACUUCUAUGGCUAUCAUGGCUGUUUAUUACAGGUUUUCUUGGCAAAUGGAGGGUGGAGAGAUGCCUUUUGCAGAAAUGUUUGGUACAUUUGCUUUAUCUGUGGGGGCUGCUGUAGGUAUGGAAUUUUGGGCAAGAUGGGCUCAUAGAGCUCUAUGGCACGCAUCCUUGUGGCACAUGCACGAGUCGCACCAUAAACCAAGAGAAGGCCCUUUCGAGCUCAACGAUAUUUUUGCCAUAAUCAAUGCCGUUCCGGCCAUCACCCUCCUCUCGUAUGGCUUCUUCCAUAAAGGCCUCGUUCCUGGCCUCUGCUUCGGAGCUGGUCUUGGAAUUACGAUGUUUGGCAUGGCCUACAUGUUUGUACAUGAUGGUCUUGUUCACAAGAGAUUCCCAGUGGGGCCCAUUGAAAAGGUGCCAUAUUUUAGAAGAGUGGCUACAGCUCAUCAACUUCAUCACUCAGACAAGUUCAAAGGUGUCCCGUAUGGGCUGUUCCUAGGACCUAAGGAACUUGAAGAAGUUGGAGGACUUGAAGAAUUGGAAAAGGAAAUUAGCAGAAGAAUUAAAAUUUCUAAGAAUCAAUGA